AUGCUAGUUGUAACUUAUGGUCAUCAGUCAUCUGCCAUAUAUCAUGAUGAACAACAAGAAAGCAGUGAUUCUGAAAGUAAUUCGGAAUCUGGGCAUAGUCAUAGUGAAGAUGAUGCUGACCGUGAUGAGCGUACCGAUGAUGCAGAAGAUGAAGACGACGAAGAGGAAGAUAAUUCACGUUUCGAUAGAGGAGAUGAUUUCACUGGCUUAGAUUUUUUUCGGGUUCAAGAUCGAGAGGAUAAUUUGUUUUUUCAAUUGGAAGAAGUGUUUCCUUCUUCAGGUAGUUCAUCUGUAAUUUUUGGUGGGACAGAUGCUGUGAGAACAUUCCAAAUACCUGUUGUGACUGAUGAAACUACUACCGGAUCUGAAAACCCUGCUCCUACUAUGCCACCUGCACCUAGGUCAGUACCAGCACUUCAUCCUCUUUUAGUCAGGCAGGAGCCUAGUCCAUGUCCUUCCCUGGGACCUCGACUGCACCAUCAGCAGAGAGGGUACCGUCCAAUAGUUCAUCAUACAUAUGGACUAUAUACCCCUGCAAAUGGUAAUAGUAGCUCAAGACAACCAAACCCACCAGUCAUUUUGCAAAGCUCUCAUAGUUCAUCUGCAGCGCAAUCCCGCGUAGUUUUUGCAAAUAGUGAUUUUCGAAUACUUGCUGCUGAGGAUGAAGUUUUUGAUCCACAGGACCAUGAGAGGGUACCUGGAGAGAAUACUGGAAUUUUCGCAGGCAUUCCUGCUACUCUUAAUAGAUGGUCUGAAGAAUCAAGAGUUCUUGAUGCAGAAAGCAUUCAUGAUUGCUUAUUAGGUUGUAAACCAGCUAUAUUGAAAUGUUUAGAAGCAUAUAGAGAUGAUGAACUGUCUGAAAGGAAAGAAAAAAGAAGAAAGCUUCAGGAUAAAGGUGGAGACAAAAGUAGUGAUACAAUAACCAUAAGUGAUACUGAGACCUUAGAUGGCAUGAAUAGCAGUAAUUCAGAGCCACAUGUUGAAAGUCGAGCAUCAGCGAUGGAAGUUGCUGAACCAGCUAAUCAGUUUGAAAGCAAUAUAUCUGCAGCUCGAAAUAUGCCAGCAAUAAGUUUAGCUGAAGCUUUACCUGCUCAAGAUUUAAGAUCUCUUAGUACUGAAAGGCUAGCAGCUUCCAUAGUAGAACAAGUAUUGGGACCUGCUUUAGCUAUAACUUCUAAUGCUGGAUCCCAUCUGCCUUCACAAGCUGCCAGUGCUGCUGCAGAAUCUCAACCUUCUACAACGAUUUCUAAUUUUAUGUCUUCUCGUAUAGCUGAAGCUACUCUGUCUACAUCUCAGCUGCAAUGUUGUGAAUCCAUCCAGCCGCCAACAACCAGUUUUUCUACACCUAUGGAUACUAGUGAAUCUGAUCGUCUCACAUCAUCUGAUUUAUUAGAAAUGGACCUACUGAAUCCCGACUUGACAUUUGGGCCUCGUCUAAUGACAUCAACUCCAUUGUUAGAGUCAAAUGUUGAGAGCUCAACUGCAGCAUUUAUACAUGAUUUAGAGAACCUAGAAUCAGGUGGUCCUUUUCUGGAAGAUUUUGGCAGUGCUGCUUCGCUGCCUUCAUUUUCUCAGUCAGACAUUGAAACUAUAGAUUUGUUGGAGCCAUCUCAUCAGUCUAGGAAUGCAGUAAUUGAUCCAUUUUCUCAUCAGGACAGGAAUGCAGUUAUUGAUCCAUUUGCAUCUCCCAUACAAGAUAGGAAUGUAGUUAUUGAUCCAUUUGCAUCUCCCACACAAGAUAGGACUGCAGUUAUUGAUCCAUUUGCAUCUCCCACGCGAGAUGAGUCAUCAAAUGGUAUAGUUGAAUUUCCAAGUUCAUCGAAUGAACAGGUGAAUUCAGAGGAUUCAUGUGAAGCUUCAGAAACUAAAUUGGAUGACUCGCGUUCUUCUGUAGAGACAAUAACUGUUUUAGAUUCUUCUGACGAGGAAGAAGCAAAGAGAACACAAUUUAAUGAAUCACCAAAAAACCUGGAUACAACAAUAACAGUGUCAGAUUCAUCAGAUGAUGGAGAAAGAAAAAGUACUUCCGAGAAUAUUUCAGAUACAACAGUAGUUGAGUUGGAUCAGUCUCGUAAUGAUGGAGUAUUAGUCCCACCAAAUGCUGAUGUAGUGAUGAAUAUGAGUCAUGUAGACAGAAGAAAUUCAGUAGGAACUAUUAAUGUAGAUCUUCCUAUAGAUGAGAGGACAGGUAACUUUCGAUUGCCAACUUUAAGUGUUGUUCUUCAUGAUAUAAAUGCAUGUUUGCCUGAUGAUAAUACAAGUUCUUCAGAUAGUUUUGCUCCGCAAACCGAUGAUGAUGUAGAAGAGAGAAAUUCACGAGAGCCUUUAAGGAUAGAGGAUCUGCCUAGAGAUGAAAGAACAGGUGCUAUUCGAUUGCCAUCAGUAAGUGUUGUUCUUCAUGAUAUAAAUGAUCUUUUAUCUCCAGCUGAAAGAUCAACAAUUUCCUCAAGUAGUUAUGUUCCUUCUGGAGACCAACCAAGAGUGUCUACACCUAGUUUGCUGUCAGAUGAUGCUGUACCAUGUGAACAGCCAAACGUAACUGAAAAUGAUGCUCCCCCUGACUUUUCCAAUGUUUUAGGUGCUGGUGUUGAAAUUCCUGAAGGUGUUGAUCCUUCAUUUUUGGCUGCUUUACCUGACAACAUUAGGCAAGAAGUGAUAGCUGAACAAUUACGUCUCCAGCGUUUAAGGCAAAGAACAGAAGCAGUCACAAGUGAAAGUUCUAGCGAAGGCACUUCUUUCACUGAAGUAAAUCCAGAAUUUUUAGCAGCAUUGCCACCAAGCAUACAGGAAGAGGUUUUAGCCCAGCAAAGAGCGGAGCAGCAGCGAUUAGCUUCUCAGAAUUCCAAUCCAGACAUCCCUGUUGACCCUACAAGCUUUAUACAGACAUUACCACAAGGUUUAAGACAACAGGUUUUAGCUGAUAUGGAUGAUAGUUUGUUAGCUCUUCUGCCACCAGAAUUGACCUCAGAGGCACAUGCAUUGCGGAGAGAACUUGAAGCCCGACAUCGACAAAUCCAGGAGCGUUUCUUUUCCUCGCAUGCUGGUACUGCUUUAUCUCGUAUUUUACGUUCUGCUGGUCGGGUUGGAGCUCGCUAUACUAUUCACAGUCUUCCACAUCGAGGUCAGUGGACCUGGAAUACUUUAUCACCUCGAGGAGCAUCUAGUCCUUCAGGAAAUAAUUCUGGAUUAAGCAGUGCAGCUAUUUCUAACACCCUGAGACUUCGUGGACGCUAUCUGCUGGAUAAUGAAGCUUUGGCAUGUCUUUUAGUCUUGCUGUUUGUUGAUGAGCCUCAAUUGAAUACUGGUAGGCUUCAUAGAGUUCUAAGAAAUCUGUGUCAUCAUGGUCCCACUCGACAUUGGGUGGUUAAGUCAUUACUGUCCAUUUUGGAAAGAACAAGAGAGUACCAGGUUCCUGAAAUACAUACAGAUUCUCACCGUCAUAAAAGAAACCCGAAGCUUUUGAACACUAGAGAAUCAAGUGCUGUCCACUCGGCUUCCAGGAGGAGGAAAACCAGUUUACUUAGCAAACAAGAUUCAUCUAAUCGUGGUGGACAACCAUCGUGGUUAUCUAUUAGUUUAGAUGCUGCUUUGGGCUGUCGCACAAAUGUUUUUCAAAUAAGAAGAUUAACUACUGCUCACAGACGGGCUAAUGAACGGCAUAUUCUUGGUGUCCAGAAUGUUCUUUCCCCAAAUAUCCCUUUAGUCACUAUUCACCCACUGGCAUCACCAGUUAUAUGCAGGCAUGUUUUGGAUACUUUGAUAUCAUUGGCAAAAAGUUUUCCCAUACAUUUCUUACCUAAUCCAGCAAGAAGGGAGGAUAAAUCUAAAGAUACUAGUAACAAAGUUGAUCAGAAAUCAGGAAAAACUCCAGCUUCUGCUGGAGCUAAAACUGAAACCAAGAGUAUGUCUUCUUCUAAGUUAGAAAACGCUAGUUCACAUUCAGAAAGCGAUUUUUGGGAUGUACUUGUGAAAUUAGAUUCUUUAAGCACUACAUCACGCAAAGGCAAGACUGUGCUGAGGACUCACAGUGCUUCAUCUUCAGCAUAUGGGACAUCGUCUAGUUCCAGUUGUGAUGAAGUUGAAAAAAAUGUAGGACUUGAGUCAUCUCCAUUAACUAAACUAAUGAGUUUUCUUUCACAUCCUGUUGUUAAACGCAGCUCAGUAUUAACUGACCGUUUAUUACGAUUAUUAUCUCUCAUUUCAUUAGCUCUUCCAGAUCCAAAGACUUUUGUAAAAGGCAAAUCAAGCUCAGAUUUUAGACAUCAGAUAACCGAAAGUGAACGUUCUUUGUUGGAAGCAAACACAGGCUUGAAUUCAGAAAGCAGUGAGCAUUCAGUUUUUACUCUUGAUGCCCAUGAAGAUCAUCCUCUUUUUGGAUCUUCUGUUCUAGCCAAAGGGGAUACUGGUUUGAGAAAAUAUCUGAAAUUAGCUGUGGACGUUUUGACAUCGAAAACAUGUUCAGAAGAAGGACUUGAAGAUGCCACUGCUUUGCUUUUAAGAUUAUCUCGUGUCUGUUUAAGAAUACGACGUGCUGUGUUGUUUCUUCUUCUAGAUGGAGCCCGUGAACUUGGCCGUGCUGUUUGUGCCAACAUCCGUGCUCUGUCUCACGAAAUGCGUCGUAUAACUGUAGAGAAGAAUCCUGAAACUGAUGAGAGGGAGAUACUGUAUGAUGGUAGUUUUGCAAUAAAAGGAACUAUUCAAGACAGAUUUACUAAUUCUUCUGUUGUGAUUAAUGCACCUUCUAAAUUGAAAGGAAGAUGUGGCAGAGAACUGCAGUUGGCAUCGAUGUCUGCACUCACUAGCAAAGCAUCAAGUCAAGCUUUCUUCUUACGCAUUUUAAAAGUCAUUAUUCAACUUACAGAAUCAACUCAACUUUCAGGGAAAAAUAAAUCUCUCUUAGGGUCGGAUGCAGAUGAAAGUAAUAGUGAUGAAUCAUUAAUUCCUGGAACAAGUGCUGGACGCACUUAUGACUUGCGGAGGCCUAAUUCUAAUUUGUGGAGUGAUGGUACAAAUGGCAA